CAAGUGCAUCAAUUUACCGUGCACCCACUCGUCUCAGGACUGCGAGAGCUGAAGAAGCUCAGCCGUUGUUGCCGUGAAAGAUAGCAGCGCGGCCGUACAGUCCCUCCCCCUCCUCGCAAUUCCCAAUGAAAACCCUAAUUUCCCACUUCACCGUCAACUCUUCGAAUCCCCAAUCCUCGCCGUUGGCUUUCAUCUUCCAUUUUCCGUCGCCUUCUCGGGAAAACCAGAACUUUCUUCACAUUUCUCGCAGAAAAUGGUCUUGCAAUCCCGGAACCGUCCGAUUCUCAUCCGUCAGAGCUCAGUGUGCUUCUGACUCUUACGGCGGGUGGGACGACUUCAGACUCGCCGGCGACCCGGGUCCCUCUGGUGAGUCCGAUCAGUUUCGUCAAUUUCUGAAUUCUAUCGGAAUCGACGAUCAAAAGCAUGCUUUCGUGUUUCUGUUAGGCCUUGUGUGUGCUUUCGCCAUUUCUAGGGUUAGGGUUUCUUCUGUUGUUGUGUUUCCAGCUUCGAUUUUAGUUUUCGCGGUUGGGUUUUCAUUUGGAUUUGUUCGUAGUGAAGGUGUUGGUGAAGUGAGCUUAAUUGGAGAUAAGAGAAGGGGAAAGGAAGAAAAUUUAAUUGCUAAUUCUGAUAAAUUGAGGAAAUUGGUGGAAAUUUUCGACGAUUUCCAUGUUGAAGUUGGUAAUUUGAAGUAUGAUAUACAGAAAGCUAUUGAUUCCAGAGAAAUUACAGUUAAUGAUUUGGAAAGAUAUGUAAAGGUCAUUGAAAGUAUUAGUGUGUUGGUGUCGAAUGCUAGGAAUGUUACUGAUGAGUCUGUUAAAAAUUUGGGCAAGUUCAGUGCUGAGUUAGCCGAGAGCAAAAAGGCGAGUAAAAGAAAGAAAGAGCCCGUUGGGAUUGGAUACGAGUUGUUCCAGUACAUCGGAGGUUUGUUCAAAGACAAAUUGGCUGAUUCGAAGUCUGGUAGAGUGAAAAACAAUGUUAAGCGAGAGACUACGGAGAAAGUGAUGGACGAUCAAGCUCGAGGGAAUGAUCCAGUGCCUUAUGUUAAAGGAGUGGUUCUCGGUUCUGUUCAUUCUCAAGAAGUGUUUAACGAGUCUGGUAUGGAUGAGGCUGGAAAUGGAAGAAUCAAAGUUGCUUUAGAAAAUAAUACUUUGAGUUCAGAGGAGGUGGAUGGGGGUCCUAACAGAUCUACAGCUGGAAAAGAGUUUAAUUACCAGAAUAAUGGAUUGCAAUUCGCGAGCAACGGUCACGUGUCUUUGAAGAUGGAUCAUAAUAAUCACACUGAAACGUGGGAAUCCCCUGAAAGUCUACUUGAUUCUGUAGAUUUCGGUGUCAGAACGAAACAGAUGGACAAUAAAGCUUCCUUUGUACAAGAACAAAUGCUGAAGCAAUCUAAUGGGGUUUACAGACCUUCUAAUAUCAGGGGAAAAAAUGUGAAUGCAACUUAUGAGUCUCAUAGUAGAGAAGAGCAUGUAAAUCGCAAUGACGAUUCUCAUUUGGCUGAUCACCUGUCUGGACAUGAGAGUGAACUACCUUCCCUUUCAUCUUCGUUGGUUUCGGAUGAUAUAUUGUUUGAUAGGUAUGUUACGGAAGCUAAUGAUCUUCUAAAACAAGCCAAGGAAUUUGUAAGGGUCGGACACAAUGAAGAGCGUGCAGAAAUAGUAUUGUACAGGUCAGCCAAGUUACUGUCCAAAGCCAUAUCUAUGAAGCCCGUGAGUUUGCUGGCAGUGGGCCAGUUGGGCAACACUUGCCUUCUUCAUGGAGAAUUAAAAUUAAGGAUUAGUCGCGAGUUGAGAAUGCACCUUUCGAGAAGUGACCCCUUAUCUGUUGAGAAAUGGAUUAGAAUUCAGGAUAAAGUCACCAGUAAAGAUGACAUUGCAUCACUCCUCAUUAAUGUGUGUGAAGAGUGUGAGGAACUUCUUGUGGAAGCAGGCAGAAGGUAUAGAAUGGCGUUAUCAAUUGACGGGAAUGAUAUGAGAACCCUAUAUAAUUGGGGUCUUGCUCUCACCUUCCGUGCACAGUUGAUUUCAGAUAUUGGGCCGGAAGCAGCUUUUGAUGCUGACGAACUGUUCUUGGCUGCAAUUGAUAAGUUCAAUGCCAUGAUGUCAAAGGGAAAUGUUUAUGCACCAGAUGCUCUACUUCGAUGGGGUGUGGCACUGCAGCAAAGAUCCCGCCUACGGCCUAGCAAUGGUAAAGAGAAGGUGAAGUUACUACAGCAGGCAAAGAGGCUGUAUGAAGAUGCACUCGAGAUGGAUUCGAACAAUGUCCACGUGAGAGAAGCCUUAUCAUCGUGUGUGUCGGAGCUUGGUAGUAGGCGACUUUACUCUUAACUAAACCUGAAACAAUACGUUGUUGCAUUGGUUUCUCCAUUUCGUUUUCCAAAUUGUGUCCCUGUAGGCUCUCCGUGCGCGAAAUGAUGCAGACGUUGCUUCUUUGAUAUAUUUGUAUAUAGAUAAUAAGAAGAAAAAAAGUGAUGGACAAGAGCAGAUGGAAGAAAGUUUAUCACAUUGGAGAUGAAUCAUAAUUGGCGGCCGAAGGGUAAAUUACGUAUGUAAUAGGUUGAUCGUGAGGAUGUUACUUUUUCUAUGUAAAAUAGAGAUGAAUCAUAAUUGGCGGCCAAAGGGUAAAUUACGUAUGUAAUAGGGUGAUCGUGAGGAUGUUACUUUUUCUACGUAAAAUAGUUUGAAGGAGCAUGGUAAAUUUACAAUGAUUAAUCAGGUGGUCAGAUCAA